AUGGAAAAACAGAAAGGGAAGCAGAAGGAACGGGACGUCGUCAUCGUAGAUUGGGACGACGCCGAUGCGCACCGCAAUCCUCAGAAUUGGUCAAAGGCUUCUCGAUGGUUUUACACCGGCCUCGUCUGUCAUCUUGCUUUUAACGUCACAUUUGCGUCAACCUCCCCCAGCGCGACCCAGCAAGCCAUCGCAAGCGAAUUUGGUGUGGGGCGAGAGGUGGGGACGCUCGUCAUCAGCCUGUUUCUGACGGGGUAUAUCUCAGGGCCCUUGAUCUGGUCGCCCAUGUCAGAGCACAUCGGACGACGGAUCCCACUGCUCCUCUCCUUCUUUGUCAACAUGCAAUUGAUCCUCGGUCAAGCGCUCGGCCAAAACAUCCAAACCGUCCUUGUUACCCGAUUUUUCUCAGGCAUCUUCGCAGCCGCACCUCUCACUCUUUCGGCUGGCAUCAUCAGCGACCUCUGGGAUCCUUUUCACAAGUCCAUCGCUCUCUCCCUCUUCACUGCCUCCGUUCUUUCUGGUCCUGGUCUUGGUCCAAUGAUGGGCGGAUUCGUAACGCAGACGAUCGGUUGGCGAUACACCUUCUGGAUUCUCUACGGCUAUGAUUGGCUCUCGUGGAUUGUCGUCUUCGUCUUCCUUCCAGAGACUUACUCGCCCGUUCUUCUAACUGCCAAAGCCAGGAAAUUGCGUCAACAUUUCGGUGGCGAGAUGCUCAAAAGCCUGCGUUCCGCACGCGAGGUCGAAGACAGCCGCAAGAAGGCAGAAGCAGGAGAGAGAGGCUGGAUCUCAUCCUUUUUAAAAGAGACGAUCCUACGCCCUUGGUACAUCCUCGUCAAAGAGCCCAUCAUGUGGCUCGUCACAGCGUAUCAGUCUUUGAUCUUUGGUCUGAUGUACGGCCUCCUCGAGCUAUUCCCGGUGAUCUGGCAAGAAGGUCACGGCUUCACUUUGGGCCAAGUUGGUCUUGUGUUCCUCUUCCUCUUCGUUGGUACAACGAGCGGUGCUCUCUGCAACAUCUUCAUCAAUGUCGCCCUUCAGAAGUCGUACGACAAAGGAUCUCGCCAACCCGUUCACGAAGACCGAGUUCGAGGGACCAUGAUUGCUGCGCCAACGCUUGUCGUGGGAAUUUUUUGGCUCGGUUGGGCAGGUGGAUACCCUGUGUCAGUGCCCUGGUACGUGCCAGCACUCGCCGCCAUCCCGAUCGGAUUCGGCUUUUCGCUCAUUUUCAUCACGACAAACACAUACGUGGUUCAGGUCUACGGUCCAUAUGCCGCAUCGGCGCUCGCUGCAGCGACCAUGACGCGGUCGAUGUUCGCUGUUGCCUUUCCGCUCUUCAUGCGGCAGGCAGCACACGGGAUUGGCGUCCAAUACAUUGGCACGCUCUUUGGUUGUGUUGCAGCUUGCCUCUCUCCGAUCCCGUUUGGUAAGCCCUCCAUGUCUUUUCUCUCUCUCACUCGAAGCUAA